AAAAUUUGACGUUGUAGAUGCUCCCAUCAUCAGUGGAACGUUUGUGCUAGCAGGUGAGUAAAUCUCAGAGUGGCGUCGUGGAGAUCGACGUGCAGCUAAUGCUGCCUGAAUUAUCUCAGACUCAGAGCAGGUGGGAGGCAGCAGGGUCAACCCCGAGAAACGGAAAGGCGACGGUGUCGUCCUCCUCACUCAAUUCAUUCGCCGGCCGCUCGCUCUUACUUUUGUGUCCUCCUCUUGCCUCUCGUCCCGCCGUCGCCGCAGAGGAAGGCGGAGAGACCGCCGGAGGGAGGAGCGCCAUGGCCGGCUCUGAUCUCUCCCCUCCAGAUCCAGCAGCCACAGGGGUGGCCAUCGUGAUCAUGGGGGUCAGCGGCUGCGGCAAAUCGACCGUGGCGGCGAUGCUCGCCGACGCGCUGGGCUGCGGCUUCGUCGAGGCGGACGACCACCACUCCCACGCCAACAAAGACAAGAUGAGCAAUGGCGUCCCGCUCACCGACGAGGACCGCCUCCCGUGGCUGGAGUCGCUGCGCGACACCAUCCGGGAGCGGCUGGGCCGCGGCGAGGACGUCGCCGUCAGCUGCUCGGCGCUGCGGCUCAAGUACAGGGAGGUCCUCCGGCAAGGUGACGUCAGCUACAAGCCAGGGAGCUACGGGGCCUGCAGGGUGAAGUUCGUGUGCCUGGAAGCGUCGGCGGAGGUGAUCGCCGAGCGGGUGCGGUGCAGGGCGGCGGAAGGGGGCCACUUCAUGCCGGCGAGCCUGGUGCGGAGCCAGCUAGACCUGCUGGAGAUCGACGCGGCGGAGGGGAUCACCGUCAUCGACGCCACGGUGCCCGCCCACGCCAUCGUCCAAGCCACCGUCGCCCAGUUCAGGGACGAGCUGGCGUCGACGGCGCGCUGACAACCGAGAGUUUCUGCUGGUUCUUGUUUCUGAACCCAGCAUCAUUCAUUUCGUCAGUGUGCUGGACUGGACAGACAUUAUUCAGUCCACAUACAAAUUGUAAAGAGGCUUGCAGACAAGCAAGAUAGUAUCAUCAACCUUAUCAAAUUCAUGAUAUGAUGCAACCAAUUCAUUCAAAAGUC